GCAUUCAUACAAAUCUCAAGUGAUACCUACAUAUGUGCAACACAGAGAAUUCAGUGAAUUACUAGUCAAACAUUUAAAAAAUCAUACAAUUUUCCUGUUUCGAUUGACUGACCGUUAUUUCUCUGAAAUUUGCGCAAAUUCGUCACUCAGUGCAUGUAAUUGUGUUUAUUGUGAUUGACAAGUUCAUCAGCAUAUGUAAACGAAUCCGAUAAACUUAUCAAUUUAUUUUUAUAAUUAUUAUGUAUUUAUUAUUAUGACAUGGAUGAUAACACACUUCAGUGAGUGGAGAUGUUCCAAAUACGGACAAAACUGGGUUAUGUGAACAGUCUCAUUAUUUCACAAAUUUAAUUUAAUUGCAUAUACGAAAUGUCUGUCAAAUCAAAUUUAUUCUGCAUUUUGACCUUUUCUUGGAUAAUUACGAUUUUAUCGGCAAGUUCAUUACGAGAAGAGUUACCAUUCAAACAAAAUAAUAUUACAGAAUUUGAUGGAUUUUCUUACCUCGGAAGUUUCCAAGUCAAACAGGGUCAACCGAGAUGGACUUAUUUCAUCAGUAAGGACGAGAUCCCCAUAAGUGAAGCAUAUGGCCGUUGCUUGACCAUGUUUAAUGGCCAACUUUUAACCAUUUUUACGAAAGAGGAGGACGAAUAUGUUCGCCUUCGAAUACAAAUUGAUGGGAUCGGAGCAGACCCUACUGCCGUGGUUGCCACUGCUGGGAAGUGGAAUCCGGUCUCCUCUCCUCCCCGUUGGGAAUGGACCUCUACGGGGGGACCAUUUAUAUAUGCAAAUUUUCGAGGGGGAACCACACCCCCAGGAACUGCCGGCCAGUGCGUCGUCGUAAGCGGCGAAUUAUCCAAUUUUGGCUGGAGUAAUGUCGACUGUGGAGAUCAAGCUUAUUACAUUUGUCAAUUUUAAGAUAUAAUCUUUGAUAUAAUACGUAUGUUCUUUGAAUAUUAUUUUAAUAAAAUUUUAGAAACUCUUCAAUAAAUUAAGAUUUUAAUAAAAUUUUAA